AUGUAUGCUUCUGUCCUGUCAUUACUAACACCAAUCCGUCCUAUAUUGGCACGGGGAGGUCGACCCGUUGCUUCUCGCAGCUUCGCGACUGCACGUCGUCUGUGCUCCGCAGAUCCCUCCCCCUCCUCGAUAGCUUCGUCAUUUCUCUCGCGCUUCCAAUCCCUCGGCCCUCAAACCCGGACACAGAUCAUUGACGCCAACCAGCUUCAGCUCCUCACUCUGACUUUAAACCGCCCGAGUCUCUUCCCCGGGUCACCCUCGCUCUCCGAUACCGCAGCCCCACCGUCCGACACACCCGUGCCUCCAGGCUAUCACCUGGUGUAUUUCACCCCAGCAUUCUUGGAAAGCGAGCUUGGAGCAGACGGAACAGAUGCCUCAUACAACCCUGAAGUGCCUUUCACGCGUCGAAUGUGGGCCGGGGGUGAGGUGCUUUGGCCCCGCGGUGCAGAUGGCCAACCCAAUCUGUUGCGUGUGGGACAGCAAGUACAGGAGACGACACGGGUGCUGAGUGCAGAGCCCAAAGUUGUUAAAAAGACUGGGGAGGACAUGAUCGUGGUCGGGGUGGAGAAGGAGUUCGCCAACGAGCAUGGCGUGUCCAUUGUGGACCGAAGGAAUUGGGUGUUCCGCAAAGCGCUUCCCGUCCGAUCUGCCUUGUCGCCAUCCAAUGUGCAGGCUCCAUCCCCUGCGGCGCAUGUCGCGCGCCCGAAUUCCUCUGCCAUCACCACCGAGGGCAAUACCCAUAUGCGGACGUUGGUGCAGACACCUGUGACGCUCUUUCGGUUCUCUGCCCUCACCUUCAAUCCGCACAAGAUUCAUUACUCGCUGCCGUGGGCCCGGGAUGUCGAAGGACACAGGGAGAUUGUCGUUCACGGUCCCUUGAACUUGAUCUCCAUCUUGGACCUGUGGAGGGACACCCAAAGCAAGACCGGUAGUGAUCCUGCUUUGGUUAUUCCCGAGCACAUCUCGUACCGAGCGACAAGCCCAUUAUAUGCUGGAGACGAGUAUCGCAUUGAACUGGAGGAGGGAGACAUCUCCAAGGUGCAGAUCAUUGGGCCCACUGGAGUCGCCAUGAAGGCAGAGAUCCACGGGUAA